AAAGGAAUAUGUGUGUUAUGAUUGUGUUUAUAGUUUGUUUGGUUGUUUUGUUGUUUGUCUUUUUGCACAAAGUCCGCGAGCAUUGCCACUUUCAUUCCACUGCACAUCUCGUAUGUGUAUGUGACAAAUAGACUUGACUUGACUUGUGUGUCUGGGUAUAGAGGGAGGGAGGCUGGCACAUGUGUACCUGCUCCGCCUCUGAUGCUGACGCUCCAUGGCCCGAGUUUCACACUGAGCCGAGACUCGGGGAGCAGCGCUGGCUCCGGGCGCUGUCCUUUCAGCACUGGAUGGGAGGCGAGCGGGCGGCGCCGCUGGGCGGCUUGUUGCUGCUUCUACUGCUCAGAGGUGGUCUGACCUUCGAAGGGGAGAAUAGACUCUUCGCCAAACUCUUCGGGAACUACAGUAAGAGCAUUCGGCCCGUGAAGAAUGUGUACGAUCCAGUCAUCGUGCAGUUUGAGGUGUCUCUGUCUCAGCUCAUCAAAGUGGAUGAAGUCAAUCAAAUUAUGGAGUCAAACCUCUGGCUGAAACAUAUUUGGAACGAUUACAAGUUAAGAUGGGAUCCAGCGGAAUACGAAGGCGUUGACUUCAUCAGAGUUCCUUCCAACACGAUCUGGAAACCAGACAUUAUCUUGUACAACAAUGUAGUUUCUAAUUUCCAAACGGACGGCAAUGCCAAAGUCUUGUUGACGUCCAACGGCACAGUAACCUGGGUCCCACCGGCCAUCUUCAAGAGCUCCUGCAAGAUGGACGUGACCUAUUUCCCCUUCGACUACCAGAACUGCAGCAUGAAGUUUGGAUCAUGGACCCACGACAAGGCCAAGAUUGACCUGGCCCUGAUCGGCAGCGAGAUGAACAUGAAGGACUUCUGGGAGAGUGGUGAGUGGGCCAUCAUAGCUGCCCCUGGCUACAAACAUGACAUCAAGUACAACUGCUGCGAAGAGAUCUACACAGACAUCACCUACUCCAUUUACAUCAGACGGAUGCCUCUGUACUACACCAUCAACAUGAUCAUCCCUUGUUUGAUGAUCUCGUUCCUGACUGUCCUGGUUUUCUGGUUGCCCUCAGCCAGUGGUGCGAAGAUAACUCUGUCUGUCUCCGUUCUGCUGUCCCUCACUGUGUUUCUCCUGGGGAUCACCGAAAGCGUGCCGUCCACUUCCUUGGUGAUCCCACUCAUCGGGGAGUACUUGCUCUUCAUCAUGAUCUUUGUGGUCCUAUCCAUCAUCAUCACCGUCUUUGUGCUCAACAUCCACGACAGAAGUCCCGCCACCCACAUCAUGCCGAGCUGGGUGAAAACCGUCUUCCUGAAGUCUCUGCCGCGCAUCCUGCGCAUGGCCAGGCCCGGGGGUGACGGGGAAGCCCCGGGGAGCCCAACGGCCAACGUCCCCGACGAGCUGCCCGACUUCAGCGCUUCCUCGCAAGCCUGCGACCAGGACCCGCCAUGCACGUGCUGCAGAGGUUGCAGGCCGAGGCUCCUGAACGCUGCCGUUGGUCUAACUCACAGCCUCAGCACAGACACCCUGAAUGCUCUGCUUUCAAUCUCCGUCUCGUCUUCGGAGGUGCAAAAAGCCGCUGACAGCAUCACACACAUAGUGGAACGGAUGAAGAUGCAGGAUGAAUACAAGGAGGUACAAGAUGAUUGGAAGUACGUUGCCUUGGUGAUCGAUCGGAUCUUCCUCUGGAUCUUCAUCGUGACGUGCAUCCUGGGAACAACAAUUUCCUUCCUGCAGCCGCUGAUGUCCGCCGAGAUGUGAGCAGGGUUGCAUCGAAGAUGCAAACACAGACGGUUCUUUUCAAAAUUGAUCCAGGAAAAAGCUUAAAAGACUGGGAGAUCGUGGGGGGGGGUUGGCAGGGGAGGACCAGGGAGCAAGAAAAGAAUGAACUGGCAUAGUCACCGAUUGUGGAGAAAAAUUAGCCAUUUCUGCAAACUGCUUGUCAUCUUCCUUGUGGCUUCACUUACUGUUGCAUGUGCUCAGCUUGCCUUGUUCUGAAGUUAGAAAGCCCAAUGAUAAGAGAUGCAUGCUAAUUUGAAUCCAGGAAAGCAAGUGCCACAAAGACCAAAGUGGUUCAAAUAUGUCACGGUGACCCAGUGAUAAGGAAGGUGUGGUCGGGAGGAGAAGUGGUGAGGGGAGUGCGGAAAAGGGGACUCUUUAAGCAACCUGGGAAAAUGCUACAUUGAUCGUGUAAUGAAAGUA